AAGGUUGCGGUGCCUACGCCGACUGUGUGCCAUUGAGACUCAUUGAGCACUUGUCAGUUAUUUGCUUUGGAUUUUAUUGCGAACGUAUGGUUUGCUUGUCGGAUACUCCAUCUUGUUUCAGACUUUCCUACCGUAAAGGAGCAAGAAUCACUUUUCUGUUUACUUUUUCAGUUUUAUGCCGUAUAGCGACACAGAUUUCCCUAGGUUGUGAUUGCAUAGACUAUAUUUGUGGUGGCAAAUACGCGACUCUUUUGCGGACACGAAGAAAGUCAAGAAACAUGGUUGCACAGCAGACUUUUACGGAACAACAGAUCGGAGAUUUCCAGGAGGCGUUUUCUCUGUUCGACAACAAAGGAGAUGGCAAGAUCUUUGCGGGACAGUUGGGAGAGGUCCUGAGAGCUCUCGGUCAGAAUCCAACCGAGGCUGAAGUACGGAAAUAUCAGCAGCAAUAUAAAUCUGACCAGAGGAUUAGCUUCGAUGUGUUUCUCCCGAUUUUACAUGAGUUCUCCCGUUCGAAGGAGCCCUACAGCUACGACUCGUUCAUUGAAGGUCUGCGUCAUUUUGAUACGGAAGGGAAUGGUCUGAUCAAGACAUCGGAAUUGCGCCACUUGCUGACUACGCUUGGAGAUAAGCUGAGUGAAGAUGAGUUUAAAGAUCUUAUUACUGGUCACGAAGACAGCAAUGGGAACAUCAAUUAUGAGGACUUCAUCAAAAACUUGAUGAGCGCCUAAAGGCUGUGUUGCGGCCGACCUUUGUUCUGUAUAUUUAUCCCCUGUUAUUCUUUCUUCCAGUUUUUUUGUUUCUGUUUCCUUCUAACCAUACACCUAAAGCUUUAAACAUUUCGAAGUAAUUUGCGUUUUUUGGAUCGUUCAUGUUUGCGUUGUUCUAAUUGUGGUUGGCAGUAUCACAUGGCUGGUAUUUGAACAUUCCUCACGUCGGCAUGCAAAAGCUUUAAUACAAUAAGAUCUGUCUG